GGUAUCUCAAAGAUCACAGCAUCCUCUGCAGGGUAAUUGGACAUAUUAUUAUUGAAACAGACACACAUAUCUGGUGCGUGAAUAACCCAAAGUUUUUGAAGUAUACUAGACAAUUUGAACGGGGUGGGAAGUCUCUGCGAUAUCGGAAAAAUCUUCAUUGAUGACUCCAAACCCCAGCGCUUGGUCACCUGCAUAACAGUCCCAAUUGCACUGAGCAAACACAUCGUCUCUCUGUCUAGAGUUCUCAACAUCUCAGAAUCUCAGGCCAAUCCACAAUGGCUGCAGCUGUUGGACAGCCAGUGCCGAAUACAGCGCACGCAGUGAGCGUAUCGUUGCCGACAUGGAAAGCCAAUGUUAGCUACGAACAAGGCGAAGAAUGGCUCUUAUCGAGGAUGCAAACUGGCUAUCCCCGCUUCUUCAUCCAUCUGAUCAUCCAAGAACUGGAGAAGGAAAUUUUGAAGCUUCAUGGCAGACACGGCGAGAAAGUCAUGUUGUUUCCAUCCCUCGCCACCGCAAAGAGGUGUCAAAAGUUCUUCUAUGACAAAGUUGAAGGUCUAGGAACUGGCAUCGUGCACAUACUGCAAUUGGAACCCGUCAACCAAGGCAAAAACCACGAGACCACGUUCUCUUCAUUGUUUUGCGUUUUCUUUCCCAAGGACUACUUCAGUGUGGCGAAACAGGUGUGGCAGCAUACUGGGGACGGCAUCUCGAGCCGGCGGGGGGAAUUUUGCCUGAAGGCACUGAAGGAGGGGAUCUUGCAGCCUGUCACCAAUCAGCCAAAGCCAAAGACGGACGAUGUAUACUCGAAGGGACCUCGGAGAUAUCAGAAGGUGCCUCAGAACGGCAUUAUUCACAGCGUCGCUCCUCCCCCAGAAGCCCCACAACCCUCAGAUGGUUCGGCUGAUGUCUCAGAAAAGGAUUCCUCCCAAUUUGUAGAGGAACGAUUCGGCCGAAACCUCAACAUCAAGCUGGCCUCACAGGCCAAACUUGCGAUUCGACGCAGGAUUGCCGGUUGCCUAACCGAGAAUUCCGAGCUGGAACAGGCCCUCGCCGCAUCACCCAGCGACAGCAACAAGCGACAGCAGGGACUGUCAGAGGACGACGUGUACCUGUACCCGACUGGAAUGUCAUCCAUCUUCAACGCCCACAGGAUCCUCUUGGCGAACGCCGCCGCCCACGGCCGUGAGCCCCGCAAGAGCAUCUGUUUCGGCUUUCCGUACGUCGACACGCUCAAGAUCCUACAAAAGUGGGGCCCAGGCUGCCAGUUCUACGGCCUAGGAAGCUCGGCUUGUCUCGACGACCUCGAGCGCCGGCUGGAAUCCGGCGAGCGAUUCCUGGGCCUGUUCUCCGAAUUCCCCAGCAACCCGCUACUCAACUCCCCCGAUCUCCUACGCAUACGUCAACUGGCCGACAAGUACGACUUUGCCGUCGUCAUCGACGAGACUGUGGGCAACUUCACCAACAUCGACGUCCUCCGCCACGCCGACAUGGUGGUCAGCAGCUUGACCAAGGUGUUUAGCGGCGACAGCAACGUCAUGGGCGGCAGUGCCGUGCUCAACCCGCAGAGCAAGAUGUACGGCGAGCUCAAGCAGACGCUCCAGAACGAGUACGAGGACAACUACUGGGCCGAGGACGCGGUCUUCAUGGAGCGGAACUCCAGAGAUUUCAUCUACCGGUCCGAGAGGAUCAACUCCAACACGGAAGCCCUGGUCGAUCUGCUCCGAUCGUGUCCAUUCGUCAAACAGGUCUACUAUCCGAAAUUCAGUCCGACCCGGGCGAACUACGAUGCCUGCCGAGCGCCCAACGGUGGUUACGGGGGUUUGCUCUCCGUCACGUUCCAGGAAUACGAGCAGGCGAUUGCCUUUUUCGACACGCUCGAGUGUCAAAAGGGGCCUAGCCUGGGGACGAACUUUACACUGGCUUGUCCGUUCACCAUUCUUGCGCAUUACAACGAAUUGAAAUGGGCCGCCGAAUCAGGCGUGGAUGCUGAUCUGGUCCGAUUGAGUGUUGGAUUAGAGGAUACCGAAGAUUUGCUGGCACGAUUCAAUAGGGCGUUGAAGGCCGCGGAGAAUGCGAAAAAAGCACAAGAAUAAAGAAUCAGUGUUGAAAACGUCACGUCAAUGUUCAACUCAUUGAUCUGGUCCGGUCCAUAGGGGGUUUUGGAAACAGCACAGAUAGGAUACCCUGCGAAUAAAAC